AUGACCAAAAUCGCGGGGCCGGAGACGCUCCCGAGUGACGUCAUGGAAGCGGCCGCGCGAACGGUUCAGGCCAUCAGGGAAGCACAGUGGCAACAGCUCCAUCGACCACCCGAGCCCGGAAACACGUCAAAUGCCGAGCGAUCGAACCAAGCGCGUCGGAACUGGCAACGCGCCGUCAGUGUUGCGAAGCGGGCAGGCGGGGACGAUGAUCGAGUCACGGGGCGAUCUUCAACUACGGAGACACAACACGAAGACCAUACGGAGAUUUCGUCGGGGGCAGAAGCCAAGAUGAUGGAUGUACAAUAUUUCUUGGAGAUGGUGGACCUCAAACAUCGCCAUGGAAGCAAUCUACGUGCAUAUCAUACAUUUUGGCGCAACUCGUCUUCAACACAGAACUUCUUCUAUUGGCUCGAUCAUGGCGAUGGGCAGAGUGUGGAAGUUGCGCAAUGUCCCCGCGACCGGCUGGAAAGAGAGCAAGUUCGCUAUCUCACUCGUGAUGAACGCAUGAACUAUUUGGUGACGGUGGACGAAGCGGGUCUGUUCCGGUGGGCUAAAAACAACGAGCCAGUAUGGACUAGUACGGCCGAAUUUAAGGACAGUCUUCGGGGGGUGGUCCCCAUUGACGAGGACGUUCCUCAAUUCCGAGGAAAUUCGCCAACAUCCGAACUAGAAGCAACGGGCGCCUCAUCGUCGUCACCAUCUUCCAUCUCCUCGUGCUCAUCGGGCCAAAGCAUCGGCAGUGCUCUCGAAAAGGAUCAAGAAAAGCCAUUCACCUAUGAAGAGUAUAAAGCCGCAAAGAUCAUGAAAAAGGUAGUACACGCAAGCCCGAGUGCCGCAAUGAGGCGCCUACUGGGCAAAUCUCCCAAGAAGGAAGACAUGUGGAUUUUUGUGGCGGAUACUUCUUUCCGUCUCUUUAUCGGCAUCAAGAAAUCAGGGGCUUUCCAGCACUCAUCAUUUCUGCGCGGCGCACGCAUCGCAGCCGCGGGAAUGAUCAAGAUCAAACAUGGUCAAUUACGAAGUCUGGCGCCAAUGAGGUAUGCGAUCAUCUCUUCCAAUCGAAAUUUGCGGUCUUCCGUUCAAUCAAGGCAAUUGCAAUAG